AUGGUCGAAAAUGUGCCUCCAGGCACCGGCUCCAAGGCCUCUGCCAUUGCUGAUCGACCGGGACUUCCGUAUUAUGAGAAACUCCGGCGCGACUUGCGGGACACGUUACAGAAGAAGCGCCUUCUCGAUCGCAACAUGGCUGCGCUUGAAGACCAGAUCUACCGUCAAGAGACCGCGUACCUUGAGGAGACAUCUAUUGCAGGGAACAUCGUAAAAGGCUUCGACAACUACAUCAAGGCAUCUGCAGUCUCGGCUUCAGCCAAUUCCGCUGGAGGCACCGUGUCCGGAAGCGCGGUCGGCGGUGGGCUUGGUGCGGGACGACGGAAAGCGGUAGUGAAUGAUUCCGAUCGCAUAUUCUCGCGCAGCUCAGUGUCCUAUUUGAGAGACUCGGAUUCCCCUAGCAGCGCCACCAGUACGCCCAACCAUGCCGGCACGCCCACAGGUAGUUUCACCACAGAGCGUGGAGGAGACAAGAAGAAAAAGAAGAGUACAGCGGCAAAUGAUGAUGACGCGGAGACGAGACCCAACAAGCGCCAGAAGAUUUCGUUUGGGAGCUCAAGGAAAGCACAAGACGAUUGA